GUACCUAGAAAAUUAUUCUGGCCCGGUGUCUGGAUUUGGCUAGACGUGUUGUUGGCAGACCGUUUUUGUGAAAGCAUUUGAAGCGAAGCUUUGGCGAGGGAAACAUGGAAAUUGGAGAUUGCCUACUGCAGUGGUCCACUGUACGUUCACCGUGUACGUUCUGCUGUGAGCUGUAACAAUAAAGCGAUCAGCUGUUCGAGGCCGCCACGCUAGCGCCAUUCAAGACGCUUGUUUUUCUGCCACUUUGAUGUAGAGAGGCCUUAAUUGUUUCGUAAUGCCGGGCGUUUUGAUACCAUCUGAAGCGAUGGCUAAAGCAGGGAAUGAAUUCGACAAUGACGGCUUGGAUAAAAAGAAUGGUUUCGACAGCUCAAAUGCUGUUGAUAUUAAAGGAAAUGGCAUUGCAGACCAGCACUACAUGAAACCGGAUUGCUUACCCUUGCAGAAGCUUGAUGGAGAUUUAUACGAUUACGAGCAUGUAUCUACCCCUAGCUGUUCGCCUCCAUCAUCUUCGCCUCUUGAUGCGGAUAUCGGCUCAAAGGAAGGUAUUGAGGAUUGGAUAAACUCUGGAACCCCAACCAAUGGUUCCUCCAUGAAGUAUUUUACACCUAUAAGUCCUAUUGUAUCUGAGCCAGACGAGGCUGGGGCAUGUUCAUCCUCGGACAAUGGGCACAUGAUGUGUCCUCAAGCACACCCAGGUCUGGAUUGGGAUGAACUGUUCGCUCUGACGGAUUACAUGGGAGUUGCAAACAAAAAUCCAUACCUCGGUAAUAAUAAUAACAAUUGUGUUUCUCUUUUGCCAAACCCCAGAAGUUUGACAUCGCCCCCCAAAUGUGAAAGCGUGGGCAGUUCUUGUAACGAUGUGUUUGACGUGUUUGUAAACCCAGCAGCUUACAGUGCAAGUGAUGAAAGUGAAGAAAGGUUAUCAAGUGUUGACUCGGAGUCGACGAUCAGUGAAACGGACAGUGAUGCAUCCAGUUCAAGACCUAGGAAAUCGAGUAUGCGAAAGAGGCCUAGGACCCCACCAGGAAAUCCGUCAAGAAAGUCGGUCAGGUUCGCUGAUGCUCUUGGACUAGAUCUUGAGACCGUUCGCCAUAUCCUUGAAAUGGACCCGUGUCCGUCACCUCCAAUGACAGUUUUAGCCUUUGAAUCACCAUGCCAAACCAUCUCCAAGUCCGUCCACAUGUGCUUCGAGCAGCCUGGAGGUCAUCCAGACUUCCUUCAGAGACUCUGCCAGCAGAACAUCUGCCUAGAGAAUGCGAUGAUAUCUGAAAUGACAGUUAUUGGAACCAUCAAGGUACGCAACCUGGACUUCUGUAAGGAAGUCCGUGUCCGUUACUCCUGGGACAACUGGACAACACAUGCGAACAUCAUGGCAAGAUAUGUUGCAGGUUCCUGUGAUGGACCAACUGAUCGGUUUAGCUUUGGUUUCACCAUACCACGGAGAUAUGUUGGAGUCGGUGACAAAGUAUUCUUUGCAGUGUUCUACAAGGUUGCCGGCCGAGAAUACUGGGAUAACAACAAUGGACUGGACUAUAUGCUUCUCAUCGAAGAAAAGGUCAAAACAAAAGCAAAAAGCAGGUGAAGGGUAUGUGUCGUAAGUAAAUAUUUUGAUAGAUUAUUAAUAGAUAUGAAAGUUGUUAAUAUUAUAAGAGGAUUAUAUAUUAUAUUAUUGCACUGAAAUAGAUCACGUCAUGACCACUUGAAAUUGAAAUGUAACGGUGCAAUCUUUGAGAAAGUUUAUCACAAUUUCAUGCAUUAAAAGUACUAUGUCCCAUUUGCAGGCCAAAAAAAUGGAAAGGUUAAAUUCCAACGGCAUUUGAAAGAUAAUACUAAUU